GUCAAUAUUAAAUUAAUGUUUUAAUGUCGUGUUUUUGAAGAAGUUUUUUAAUUGAAAUUAAAGUCAUCCUAUAAUUUCAUAUCAAAUUAAUAACUUUAUAAUACAAAAAUGAACGUAAUUCAAGCUGUUAAGAUGUAUAUAAUAAAAAUGACGGAAGAGAGUGGACCUGGAAUGAAAGUUAUACUUAUGGAUAAAGAAACAACCAGCAUAGUCAGUAUGGUAUUCAGCCAAUCUGAAAUACUCCAAAAGGAGGUUUACCUUUUUGAAAGGAUUGACAGUCACUCGAAAUGGGAUGACUUAAAACACAUGAAAUGUAUUGUAUUCCUGAGACCUACAUCCGAAAAUAUUGCAUUACUUUCAAGGGAGUUGAAAAGCCCCAAAUAUGGUGCUUACUUUAUAUAUUUUAGCAAUGUUGUUUCCAAAGCUGACAUCAAGACGUUAGCUGAGUGUGAUGAGCAGGAAACAGUGCGUGAGGUUCAGGAGGUGUUUGCUGACUACCUGGCUGUGGACCGACAUCUGUUUUCUUUCAACAUUGUUAGUUGCUUGCAUGGUCGUUCAUGGAAACAGCAUCACCUUCAGCGGUGUUCACAGGGUCUGUUGGCUCUACUGCUGUCCCUCAAGAGACGUCCAAUCAUCAGAUAUGAAGCUAGCUCUGAAGCCUGUGCACGUCUCGCAGAACGGGUCAAAGAACUGAUAAGAAGAGAGGCAGUUUUGAUGGACAAUAACAUACCAUUCAAUGGUGAUAUACCACCGCCGCAAUUGCUGGUGCUGGACAGAAGAGAUGAUCCCGUUACACCAUUGUUACAUCAGUGGACAUACCAGGCUAUGGUCCACGAGUUGCUAACCAUCGAUAACAAUCGCGUCAGUCUCGCCGGGGUUCAGGACGCACCCAAGGACUUGAAGGAGGUUGUACUAUCAUCAGAACAAGAUGAGUUCUACGCUAAGAAUUUAUAUUCUAAUUUCGGUGAAAUCGGUCAAACGAUGAAAUCUCUGAUGGAUGAGUUCCAAAAGAAGGCGAAGAACCACCAGAAGGUGGAGAGUAUUGCUGACAUGAAGAACUUCGUGGAAACUUAUCCUCUGUUUAAGAAAAUGUGCGGUACUGUUACGAAGCACGUGACAGUGGUAGGUCAGCUGUCAUCAGUGGUGGGGUCACGUCGCCUGCUGCAGGUCUCCGAGCUGGAACAGGAGCUGGCGUGUCACGCGGACCACACCAGACAUCUGCAGCGGCUCAAAGCCAUGUUAUCGGACGAGGCCAUCGCCGGGACGGAGCUGGUGAAGCUCGUGUGUCUGUACGCGCUGCGCUAUGAGAAACACGCGGCCAACGCGUUGCCGGCUCUCAUAGACAGUCUCAAGGGUCGGGGGGCGGAGCACCGGACGCCCGCGCUACUACUGGAGUACGGAGGGGCGCACGCUCGCCAGAGCGACCUGUUCGGACUGCAGGAUGCCGCCAAGAUUACUAAGAGACUUUUCAAGGGUCUCAGUGGCGUGGAAAACAUCUACACUCAGCACACGCCGCUGCUCAAGGACACUCUGGAAGACCUCAUCAAAGGGAAACUGAGAGAGAACUUGUAUCCUGCAGUGGGAGGAGAGCUUCUCAACAGGCGACCCCAAGACAUCAUAGUCUUCAUAGUAGGAGGAACCACAUACGAGGAGGCGCUGUGCGUCCAUCAAAUAAACCAGUCCUACCCUGGAGUGAACGUGGUGCUCGGUGGUACCACCAUACACAACUCCACCACAUUCCUUAAUGAGGUGAAGGAGGCUAUGCACGGACAACACAGGACACACACGAGGCAUAUUAGAAAUUUAUAAAUCACUGUCAUAUUCUUAUAAUAACACAGUUUAAAUUGGCCAUUCAGUUAGUCGUCUAGUUCUUGUGGUAAAUGGCUUCGUUCGAUCCAGUGUCUGAACACUCGGGUAUUAUAUAGGAUAUCAAAGAAAUAAGUUAAAUGACAUGUAUAGCAGAAAGUAGUAAAUCGUCACUAAAAAAUACCAUCGUCGAAAACUAUGAUAAACAACACAGAUCAUUUAUAAUAUUAAUUUCAGUCUUCAACAAAUAUUUACCGCGACAUCUAGUAGAGGAACUAGGUACAAAAUGAUGUACAGUUUUGUAUUUGGAUCAUAACUUUUUUUAAAUCGAAGCACUUUAAUUUGGUAAAUACAAAAAAAUAAUAAUUUGUAUUCAUACUAAUACAGGCAUAGACAUUUUUAUAACAUAAAUCAAUUUGGAAAAUAAAAAAAAACUAGUUUAAAUUUCCAAAUGAAAUUCGCAAGGAAAGUUUAAAAUUUGAAUCGGAGCUCGCAAAUAAGUCGCUUGGUUAAUUUAGGAACGUUUUCUCAAUAAGCGUGUGCCCAGUGCGAGCAGCUUACACACCGCAACCAGUUUUCUCCAGGCAUUGAGGAGAAAAAAGGUCAUUCUAAAUAUUUGCAAACUCAACCUCGGUCAUCUUGAUCGAUGUUUGACAAAUUUCUUCGUCACUGUCAUCUACGUUGUCAGUUUCAAACCAAAAUAAGUUUCGUUUAAAAGGAGAUGGAGUCACAUAGUUUGAAGUGCCAACAUCAAUCGUUUAAUGGAUGUUUUGCGAUUGCAUUUUUGUAAAGAAUUAUCUCGUAUAAUUUUUGGCUUACAUUUUCCAUAUUUGAAGAAUUGGGAUCUCAAGUUUUCACACACUAGCAAUUUGUUUGUGCGGAAGUGCUGUUUUCGGAGUCAUCAAUAUUUACAUUACAACACAAAUCAGUAGUUGUUCUUUUUUAUUUAUGGAAGUCUUUUCUCGUUUGGAUUUCGAUAAGACGUUCCUCGUGAACGGUCUAACUUACCGACCAGGAUUAUGGAUAUUGACUGGUGAUCUUUAGACAAGCAAGUGGUAAUUAAACAGGUGCUCGGCUCGGAUCAUUUAUAUUACAAGACAAAACAGGAAUUGUUUGGAUUUCUUUUGGAGAAUUAUUUUCAUCUGGAUUAUUGGUGAUAAAUGUUUUCAAUUUUGUUUUCUAAAUUUCUGCUUUUUGCUUUGGAAAUUUUAAACCAUUUUUUACUGUUUCAAUAGCCCCGCCCAUUGAUGCGUAUAAUGUUUUUUUGAAGCCAUUUGUAUAACAAAGAAUAAUUGUAUUUGUUUAUCAAUACCCAUAACUGGAUACACAUCAGUAUUUAUCAAAUUCAAAACUAAUAUAGUGAAUGAUAACGGUUAGAGUAAAAUAAGUUAAAAAAUCGGAAUAUAUUAAUUUAAUAUUAUAUUUUAAAAGUUGUAAAUUUUUAGAAUCAUUUAAUUACAAUGUUACAAGCAUAAAUAAAUUUCACAGUUACCCCAUCAGGUAAACCACAUGCCGAUUAAAACAAAACCAUACCAGUUUACAUAUGAAACUUUCCUCUCAUCAGGCUAACAAUUUUCUUAAGAACCGCUGAUAUCAAUUCAAUCGCAGAAACACUGCGCUCACGCCAUCUUGUCUAUCUAACAAUUCGAAUUGUAUAAAACGUUAAACUUUGGCAGCUAGUUGUCGACAGCAUAUGUCGCAGUGUUGUCAAUUUAAAAAAACUGAUUUGUUUAUAUUCUAGAAAUCUAGAUGAUUAGGUACUUUAUUUUUUCUGCGGGUGCCAAGUCCAUCGCGUUGCAGGGAGAGGGGCUUUAAAACUGCCUAUAAUUUGCUACCCAGGUGUAAGUUUAAGGAGCCCCCAUCUAACGCGCGUUAUACGCUCACUCCCACCUUCGACGUUCCUCUCUCUACCUCCCCAAUUAUGAUACGAACCUUCGAAGUACGUUCUAAGAAUGGAUUGAUUUGAUCUUUAACAGGCCCAAGUCUUUUAGUAGGAUGUAGAGAUUUAGCUGUUAUACCUUUCGCUUCCAAUUGUACAAGUUUACGACGAAUCUAUUCCUAAUGAGUUCGUUAGUGAGCUUGUAUUUAUUGACCUCGGUGGCACGGUCUUUGGGGAUGUUGGUUUUCCAGGGAAUCGUAAGCUCUAUUAAAACAACGAGCUUAAAAAUUUACCAAAUUUUUGUCUCCGGGCAUGACAUCCGAAUGAAAGUAAGGCGUGGACUCAUGUUUUGUUAGGUUGGUAUGAAAGAUUUUGUACGUAUUUUCCCUACUUUUAAUAUUAGUUAAGUCUAAUUAUGAAGUCUAGACGUCUGAUAUACCAAACAUUUAUCACUAUGUACUUUAUCUUUACCUAUGUAUUAGAUAUUAUAUAAAUAUACUUUGAUGUUAUGCAAGUAUCAUAAAUUUUCUUGAAAAUGCUAUAACCGCUUUCUACUUUCAGAGUUCAGAUGUAAUAAAUUAGUUAAGGAAUAUUCCUUCCUGUUUAUUUAUCAGAUUAAUGUGUAACCUAUUUAUUUAAUGUCCUUUGAAAUUAUGUUUAAUCUGUAUUUAUUACAAUAAAUAAUUGUAAACA